AUGGAAAAUGAAACUCAAAUACCAUUGCCAUUAAAUCGAGGUGCUUCUCGCCAAAGAUGUAUGAGUCAACCACAAACAUGCAAUUAUAGUCACGAUCUAUUCACUAAUCGAGCAUUUGAACUAAUCAAAAAUCGAGUCGAAAGCUAUCCAGAACAGCCGUUUUUCUUGUAUUUGGCCUGGACACUACCCCAUGCUGGUGGAUGGAGAGGAAUCAUUGAAGAUGGCGAACCUGUACCUAACAAUCAACCAUUUGACAAUACAACGUGGCCAACUGUCGAACAAGAACAAGAAAAAUUUGAAUUGCAUUUUAUUGUGAAAUAUGUAGACGUAGCUGAAAUUCAGCAUGUUCAACAAUAUUAUUUCAAUAUCAGUUUGAUUAUUGUUAUAAUUAUGGUCGAAUUGACAUGA